CCCAGAGUGAGGUGGGGACUCAGCACUGCUCGCUUUUUAACAACAGCCACUGUUUAGCUAUAGAUGGUGUGUGCCAGUUCAGCACUGAGCAGAGAGGGCGAAGGAAGAGGACUUUCAUUUCUUCUCCUCCCUAUCACGCCCGGUAACAGCAAACCCAGCGAGAUUUCCUCGACUAUCUAGCCUCUCUGUGCCCUGAGACAUGUACAGGUAUCUGGGGGAGCUGCUUACCCGGGCAGCCGGCAGCGGCGCCUUGGCCUCGGGCUGCGCCGACGCGGGGCUGCCGGCAUCAGCCUCCCUGCUUCGGCUUCAGCGCUACAGCCAGGCCGUGGACAAAGAGGAUGACCCGAACUUCUUCAGGAUGGUGGAGGGCUUCUUCGACCGAGGUGCGGCGAUAGUCGAGGACAAACUCGUGGAGGGUUUGAAGACCAGAGAGACGCCGGAGCAGAAGAGGCACCGAGUGAGGGGAAUCCUGAAGAUCAUUAAACCGUGCAACCACGUCCUGGCCGUCUCCUUCCCCCUGAAGCGCGAUAACGGGGAGUGGGAGAUUGUAGAGGGCUACAGGGCCCAGCACAGCCAGCACAGGACUCCCUGCAAAGGGGGUAUUCGUUACAGCACAGAGGUGUCUGUUGAUGAAGUGAAAGCUUUGGCUUCUUUGAUGACAUACAAAUGUGCUGUUGUCGAUGUACCUUUUGGAGGAGCGAAAGCUGGAGUGAAGAUCAACCCCAAGAAUUACUCUGACAAUGAGCUGGAGAAAAUCACAAGACGCUUCACCAUUGAGCUGGCAAAGAAGGGAUUUAUUGGGCCUGGCAUUGAUGUCCCUGCUCCUGACAUGAGCACUGGAGAGAGGGAGAUGUCCUGGAUUGCUGACACAUACGCAAACACCAUGGGCCACCACGACAUCAACGCUCAUGCUUGUGUGACGGGAAAGCCUAUCAGUCAGGGUGGAAUCCACGGCAGAAUCUCAGCCACCGGCCGAGGAGUCUUUCACGGCAUUGAGAACUUUGUCAAUGAGGCUGCUUACAUGAGUCAGCUGGGCUUGACUCCUGGCUUUGGAGACAAGACUUUUGUUAUUCAGGGCUUUGGUAAUGUGGGCCUGCACUCCAUGCGUUACCUGCACCGCUUUGGGGCCAAAUGUGUGGGAAUAGGAGAGCUGGAUGGAAGCAUCUGGAACCCUAGUGGCAUUGACCCCAAAGAGCUGGAGGACUACAAACUGGCCCAUGGUACUAUUGUAGGCUUUCCCAAGGCCACACCCUACGAGGGCAGCAUCUUGGAGGCAGACUGUGAUAUUUUGAUCCCUGCUGCCAGCGAGAAACAGCUGACCAGGAACAACGCCAGCAGGGUCAAGGCUAAGAUCAUUGCUGAAGGAGCCAAUGGCCCCACCACCCCUGAAGCUGACAAGAUAUUCCUUGAAAGGAACAUUAUGGUUAUUCCUGACAUGUACCUGAAUGCUGGCGGUGUGACUGUCUCCUACUUUGAGUGGCUUAAGAACCUGAACCACGUUAGCUAUGGAAGAUUGACCUUCAAAUAUGAGAGAGACUCCAAUUACCACCUGCUCAUGUCAGUGCAGGAGAGUCUGGAGAGGAAGUUCGGGAAGCAUGGUGGAUCCAUACCUGUUGUCCCCACCUCUGAAUUCCAGGCCAGGAUUGCUGGAGCGUCUGAGAAGGACAUUGUGCAUUCUGGACUUGCUUACACCAUGGAGCGCUCUGCCAGGCAAAUCAUGCGCACUGCCAACAAGUACAACCUGGGGCUGGACCUGCGGACAGCAGCCUACGUCAACGCCAUUGAGAAAGUCUUUAAAGUGUACAAUGAGGCUGGCCUCACUUUUACAUAAGCAGCUGUCUCGGUGCAUCUGCAUGUCUUUAUGUCUGUCUGUCCAUAUGUACAAACUGUCUACAUCUCACCUGACUCUUCCCAAGCCAAAUACCACCUUCACAUCUUAAGAGUUUACAUUACAUAUAUUAGUAUGUACUGUUUAUAUACGCACACAGCUUUAGCCUCAUUUACUUAUUUUAUUAUCGAAAGUUACUCACGGCUUUUAUCCAAGCCGUAAAGUCAAAGCUGCUUUUCUCUCUCAUGAUGCUGUCACCACUACCCUAGUCUGACUGUAAUACCUUGACAAAAAACACCAAAAAUGGCUAGUUUUUGUACCUUAUAAUGCACCUUUUUAUUUUACACUGUAUUCUGUGGGGUUGUAUUCAGAGGAGUCUUAACACCAGCUGUUUGAGCAUAUCAGAUACAAAGACCUGUUAAGCCUUAAUGUCGCAGCAGCACUCUGUAAAGCACUAGUGCUUCUGUUUUCCACGUCUUUGUGUUUUCAGCACUCACCCAAAAAGUGUCAUGCAAAUAGUCAACAAGGAGGGCAAAUGCAUGAAAGAUGACUUACUCAGGCUUUUCAUAUGUUACCAAAGUUGCGCAGAAACAUAUUUAUCUUCACCCUGAUGGCUUAAUCACUUUAUUAUCAGAAUAAAAUUGAAUUAUGGUGCUCUUUUGCCUAACAGGGAGCUGAUCAUCUCUUUAUCCAAAUGCUUCCGUUCUUAAUGGUGUGGACCAGGUCUUAAUGAUUAAUGUGCUGAAUUUAUGCAACUUGUAUGUAUUUGGAAGGGAUUAUAUUUGGGAACAAAGGGUUUAUUUCUGUGUCAGGUUAGCACUGAGUGUGAAAGAGUUCUUGGAUUAAUUUGGACAGAGGGGGAGAGUUUAUAUGGCCUUGUUUAAGAUAAAAUAAAAUCAAAUUUAAACACAA